AUGAAUAGUAAUAUUGAAGAUGAUCCAUGGUCAAGUGGAUGGAAUGAUAAUAAUACCCCCGUCAAUGAUCCACUAACAGCAACAACUACAACUCCUUAUCAUUCCUCAUAUUUAACUUCAUCCCAAUUAUUUACUUCAACAACAACAGGAGGAGGAGGUGGUGGUGGAGGUUAUAAUAGUACUAAUACUCAUAAUACAAUCCCACCAAAUUUAAUUAAUGUUCCAUCAUCUUAUGAAACAAUAUAUUCUCAUUUUAUAACUAAAUUCAAUAAUUCUAAUUUCAAUUUAAAUGAUUUUGAAAUUAAUAUUAUUGAUAAAUUAGUUUCAAUGAAUUAUUUAACUAAUUAUCAAAAACAAAAAAUUUUAGAUAUUGUUUAUGAAAAUAAUUUAUUACCUAUUAAUCAAUCAUUUAAAUUUUAUCAAAUCUUGGGAUUAUUAGCAUUAGAAAUUGAUGUACCAGGAACUGGAGAUUAUGUAACUUUACAAUUUCGAUUGAAUAAUAAUUUACCAGAUUUACCGGAAAAAUUUGUUAAUGAAAUAACCCAAGAAGAAGAAAAAGAGGAAGACAAUGGGUUGCUUGGGAAUAGAAAUAGACUGAUUCAAUCACAUUCUGGUAGUGGUGGUAACAAGGAUGAUUGGAAUAUUGAUGAUUCAACUAUCAGUGGUGGAAAUAUUGGUGAUCCAUUAUUAGUUGAUCAUUCACAUAUUCAUGAUGAUUCAAUUGAUGAAAAUAAUUCAAUCAACCAUAGUCAACAACAACAACAACAACAAUCACAAUCACAACAAGAAGUAGUAGUUGCACCAAAUGUUGAUUCAUCAUAUAUUGAAAAAUAUAUUAAUGAUAUUAAAGAUCAAUUUAAACCAUUAUUUUUAGGUCUUGAUUUAAUUAAAAUUAAAGAAGUUCCUGAAAAAGAAGGAAUAAUAUUUAAGCAUAUUAAUUAUAUGAUUACUCAUGAUUUAAAAAUUGGUGGGACUAGUUCUGGUACUAAAAAAGUCAUUCGAAGAUAUUCUGAUUUUGUAUGGUUAAUGGAAUAUUUAUUAGAAAAAUAUCCAUUUAGGGUGAUUCCAGGAUUACCUCCCAAAAAAUUCACAGUAGGAGCUUCACCUGAUUCACAAUUUUUACAAAGACGUCGUCGAGGAUUACAUAGAUUUUUAAAUCAAUUAAUCAAACAUCCAAUAUUAAGUCAAGAACCAAUUGUUCAAUCAUUUUUAACUGUACCUACUGAUUUAGCCACUUGGAGGAAACAAGCUAAAAUUGAUCCAUCAUUAGAAUUUAAAGGUCAAAAAAUUCAAACUGAUUUUAUAAAUGUGAUUUGGCCAAUUAUGGGAGGAAAUUUUUUGAAAAAAUGGCGUCAAGCUGAAGAAAAUAUUCAAAAUAUAAUUGAUAAAUGGGUUAAAAUAAUUAUAUUAGUGGAAAGAUAUGAAAGAAGACAACAACAAAUUAGUUUUGAUAAUGGGAAAUUUGCUGAAAUGUUGAAUGGAUUUAGUAAAUUGAAUAAUAAAAUUUAUCCUGAUAAUGAACAUGAUGAUAAUAAUGAGAAUGAUGAUGCUGCUGAUACAAAUGAAAAUUAUAAACAAGAUUUUAAUUUUAAUUCUUCAGGAGAUAUUACUAAUAUUAAUCAAUGUUUGAAUUCAAUUGGUGAAUUUUUCAAUAAAUCAUCUCAAGUAUUAAUUGAUGAAAGUUAUAUUGUUAAUACUAAAACUUUAGAAAAAUUUAAAAAUUAUUUGGAUUAUUUAAAUUCUUUACAAGAAUUAUUUGAAAGAACUAAACAAUUAUCUAUAAAUCAAAUUGAUAUUUUAGAUAAGCGUAUAAAAGAUCAAGAAAUUAAAUUUAAAAAAAUUAGUGAAGAAAAUCCUGAUAUUAAAGGUGGUGAAUUAAUUAAAUUAAGACAAUCAAUUAUAAAUGAUAAACAAGAAAUUUUCCAACAAUUAAAUAAAGAUUGGUUAAUUAAACAAUGUUGUUUACAAGAAUUUAUUAUUUUCCAAGAAACGCAAUUUUUAAUUACUGAACUUUGGGUAGAAUGGUGUAAAGAUCGAUUGAAAUGUCAAGAGAAAUUAGUUGGAUUAUAUGAUAAUUUAAAUCAAGAAAUUAUUCAUGAUAUGCCACUAGAGAGAUGA